GUACUCUGUGGUGUAGAUGGAGCCGCCUUGUCGAGAGUGGACCUUUGAUCCUUAAUUUUAUGAUUUUAUUAUCUUCAGAGGCAAGGGUUAAAGUUUCUUUCGCCAGGUAAAGGAAUUUAUAAUGUUUAGCCAAAAGUUUCUCGUAAAACGGUUUGCAACUGCCUUGGUUUUGCAAAAUAAAGUUUCUACUCAUACAAGUAUGAAACAGUUCCACAGCUCAAGAUUAACUGGGAAAGUAGCAAUAGUUACAGCAUCUACUGAUGGCAUUGGCCUUGCAAUAGCUCAAAGGCUUGGCAAUGAAGGUGCAUCUGUUGUGAUAAGUAGUAGAAAGGAAAAAAAUGUCCAAUCAGCACUGGAAAAGUUGCGUGGUGAAGGAAUAAAUGUAGAAGGUGUUGUAUGUCAUGUAGGUGACCCAGCACAAAGAAAAAAUCUUAUUGAAUUUACCAAGAAAAAAUUUGGGGGCAUUGAUAUCUUAGUUUCCAAUGCUGCUGUGAAUCCAGAUGUUUCACCCAUUUUAGAGACCAAUGAAAAAGUUUGGGAGAAGAUAUUUGAUAUCAACGUCAAAUGCUCUUGGCUUCUUGCCAAAGAAGUAUAUCCAGAAUUUCAAGCAAGAGGAGCAGGCAACAUUGUAUUUAUUUCAUCUAUUGCAGCCUACCAGCCAAUGACGCCCUUAGGAGCUUACAGUGUAAGCAAAACUGCAUUAGUGGGAUUGACAAAGGCCAUAUCCAAUGAAGUUGUUGGGGAAAACAUACGGGUUAAUUGUGUUGCACCUGGAGUUGUACCUACAAAGUUUGCUAGUGCUAUAACAUCAAAUGAAAUGGGUGCAGAGGUAAGCCUAUCGAAUGUGCCAAUGAAGCGGUUCGGAAAGGCAUCUGAAAUUGCGGCUGCCGUUGCUUUCUUAGUGUCAGAUGACGCAAGCUACAUGACCGGGCAAACCUUGGUGGUAGCGGGCGGUACUCACGCCCACCUGUGAUCAUACAUUCCCAGAGAAUAUAUUAACGUUUUACAAUAGAUUUUAUCUUUAUAAUUUAAUCAUAUUAUGGUAUAUGUAUUCAAGAGUGAUAUUAUAAGUGCAAUUUACUACUUGUUGGUAGUUAUUUUAAUACAAUAAUUUUAUGAAUAUAAAUAAUUUUAUA